CAUAUAUUACUGCAGCUCUUGCUCCUCCAGUCCACCAUUUACGGGAUUAAUGUUUGAACAUUUCCCCUGCAAACAAAAAACAAGUCUAAUAGUACUACUGCAUGUGUCUUCUUGAUUUGUCUGUUUGAGAUCGUGAAAUCAAUUAAUGGAGAACUACUUGAGAAAGAACUUUGAGGUGGAGGCCAAGAGGCCAUCAGAGGAAGCCUUAAGGAGAUGGAGAUGUGCAGUUUCUGUAGUCAAGAACCCUCGCCGGAGAUUUCGCAUGGUUGCAGAUCUUGCCAAGCGCGCUGAAGCCCAAAGAAAGCGUAAAAUCAUCCAGGAAAAGCUAGGAGUGGCUCUGUAUGUGCAGAAGGCAGCAUUGCAUUUCAUUGAUGCUGGUAACAGAGUUGUUGAGCACAAUGUGCCCGAAGAUUUCAGCGAAUCUGGGUUCCGCAUUAACCCUGAUGAACUAGCAUCAGUUGUUGGUUCCCACAACAUCAAGCGCUUGGAAUCACAUGGUGGAGCUGAAGGAUUAGCCAGAAACCUCUCUGUAUCUUUGAGAGAUGGUGUUGUUUCAAGUGACAUAACAAUCAGGCAAAAUGUGUAUGGAUGCAACCGACACGCUGAAAAACCUUCCAGAUCGUUCUGGAUGUUUGUCUGGGAAUCAUUACAUGACUUGACACUAAUCAUUCUUAUGGUAUGCGCGGUGGUUUCUGUUGGCGUUGGCAUUGCAACUGAAGGGUGGCCUAAAGGCAUGUAUGAUGGACUAGGAAUAAUACUGUGUAUUGUUCUGGUUGUGAUGGUCACUGCAAUCAGUGACUACAAGCAGUCCUUGCAAUUCAAGGUUUUGGAUAAGGAGAAGAAGAAUAUAAUGAUUCAGGUGACUAGAGAUGGAUGCAGACAAAAAGUUUCGAUCUUCGAUUUGGUGGUAGGAGAUGUUGUCCAUUUAUCAAUUGGAGAUCAAGUUCCUGCUGAUGGCGUUCUGAUAUCAGGCUACAGCUUAACAGUUGAUGAAUCCAGCUUGUCCGGUGAGAGUGAGCCGGUGAAUGUAGAUGAAGCGAGGCCAUUUCUACUUUCCGGGACAAAAAUCCAAGAUGGGUCUGGGAAGAUGUUGGUGACUGCAGUUGGUAUGAGGACUGAAUGGGGAAGGCUGAUGGUUACAUUGAGUGAAGGCGGAGAAGAUGAGACACCACUUCAAGUGAAGCUCAAUGGGGUGGCAACCAUAAUUGGGAAGAUUGGCUUGGCUUUUGCUGUAAUGACAUUUCUGGUACUGACAACAAGGUUCCUUGUUUCUAAAAUACAUCGACACGAGAUCACCAAAUGGUCUCUAGAUGAUGCAGUGAACCUUCUAAAUUACUUUGCAAUUGCAGUGACCAUAAUUGUUGUUGCAGUACCAGAAGGACUUCCUUUGGCAGUGACGCUAAGCCUUGCGUUCGCGAUGAAAGAACUGAUGAACGACAAGGCUCUAGUGAGGCAUCUCUCUGUGUGCGAGACAAUGGGUUCUGCAAGUUGCAUUUGCACAGACAAAACUGGAACAUUGACAACAAACCACAUGGUGGUGAACAAGAUAUGGAUUAGUGAACAAACCAAGACUAUAAGAAGCACUAAGAUUGAACAUGAGUUCAGGUCCUCUUUUUCUGAACAAACAUUUAACCUCCUUUUGCAGUCUAUAUUCCUUAACAGCGGUUCAGAGGUUGUGAAAGGUAAAGAUGGAAAGAACACUAUAUUAGGUACCCCAACAGAAACCGCUCUGCUGGAAUUCGGAUUGCUUUUAGGGGGAGAUUCAAGGAUUCAUCACCAAGAAUCAGAAAUAGUGAAAGUUGAGCCUUUUAAUUCAGUGAAAAAAAAGAUGUCUGUACUUGUUUCUCUACCUAAAAGAGGUGAGUUUCGAGCAUUCUGCAAAGGCGCGUCAGAAAUAAUCCUUAAAAUGUGUGAAAGGAUGGUUAACAAUGAUGGAAAAGAAGUGGUUCUCUCUGAAAAUCAAAGGAAGAAAAUAGCAGAUGUCAUAAAUGGUUUUGCUUGUGAAGCUCUAAGAACUCUAUGCUUGGCUUUCAAGGAUGUAGAAGGCAAUUCUGAGAUACCAAGUGAUGGUUAUACACUAAUAGCUGUAAUUGGAAUCAAGGAUCCUGUGCGUCCCGGGGUAAGAGAAGCUGUUAAAACGUGUUUAGCAGCAGGUAUCACCGUGCGAAUGGUCACCGGUGACAAUAUCAAUACAGCAAAAGCCAUUGCUAAGGAGUGUGGGAUCUUGACAGAAGAUGGUUUGGCAAUGGAAGGGCCAGAUUUUCGCAACAAGAGCCCGAGGGAAAUGGAAGAGCUGAUACCAAAACUACAGGUUAUGGCUAGAUCUCUGCCAUUGGACAAGCACACAUUAGUAACCCAAUUGAGGAAUAUGUUCAAAGAAGUUGUGGCGGUGACCGGUGAUGGCACCAACGAUGCUCCUGCUCUACAUGAAGCAGAUAUUGGACUUGCAAUGGGCAUUGCAGGAACUGAGGUUGCAAAAGAAAAUGCUGAUGUUAUCAUAAUGGACGAUAACUUCACAACUAUUGUGAAUGUAGCAAGAUGGGGACGUGCUGUUUAUAUUAACAUUCAGAAGUUUGUGCAGUUCCAGUUAACCGUUAACGUCGUAGCCCUCAUGAUCAAUUUUGUUUCUGCCUGCAUCACAGGGUCUGCUCCUCUCACAACUGUUCAGUUGCUCUGGGUGAAUAUGAUCAUGGACACUUUAGGUGCACUGGCAUUAGCAACAGAACCUCCCAACGAUGGCUUGAUGAGGAGACCUCCAAUAGGGAGGAAUAUAAAGUUCAUUACGCGUACAAUGUGGAGAAAUAUAACCGGUCAAAGCAUAUACCAGAUCAUUGUUCUUGCAAUCCUCAACUUUGAUGGGAAACGCCUUCUAAAGCUCACUGGUAGUGCUGAUGCUACUGCAGUGCUCAAUACCUUCAUUUUCAAUACCUUUGUGUUCUGCCAGGUAUUUAAUGAAAUCAACAGUCGCGACAUGGAGAGGAUAAAUGUUUUCAGCGGCAUGCUUGAAAGCUGGGUUUUCAUGGCUGUCAUGGUCUCAACAGUGGGUUUCCAGAUCAUGAUUGUUGAAGUUCUUGGGACAUUCGCAGACACGGUUCCUCUGAACGGGGAACUGUGGUUGGCGAGUGUGUGUAUUGGAGCUGGGAGCUUGCUUGUUGGGGUUGUCUUGAAGUGCAUUCCUGUUGGAUCAAGCGAAUUUGCUACCACUGCUGAGUAUCAUCAAGAUGGAUAUGAGACACUCCCUAGUGGUCCUGAUCAGGCAUGAUUGCAGUUUGCCAUGGACAUUCUCAGAGACAAUCAAAAAUUUCACCACUGCAAGGCUCCUAAAGGCAAUGAGUAACGACCCUGCUCAUUCAUCCACCAAUCAUUCUAUAGCAUAAUUGUCAAUUUUCUCUAACCUUUUGGUUAUCUGUAAAGACUAUUUCAACACAUGUUAACCCUGGUACAGGAAUGUCUCCUCCUUUCCAUUCCUACGCUCAAGUACUCUGUCCAAUACCUCAAAAUCAGA